UCCCCCACAUGCAGGAGUUCCAUCUUUGGUGGAGACAACACCUCCUGAAACUCCCUCUGGAUGUUCCAGGUGGAGUUUGGAGAGGCUGAAGAGAGAUUCCCUCAGCAGAGCCACUGGGGCUGAGGGGAUUCCCCUCCUAACAGGGAGGGCAAGAUGUGGGACCAUGUAGAAGCUGGAGUGACCUCAAAGAGUAAGGAGAAAGCACUGCCUUCUGAGGUUUCUGCCUUUCUUCAGGAAGAGGAGGAAAUGCCCAAAUUACAGGAGCUGGUGACAUUCCAGGAUGUGGCUGUGGACUUUACCCAGGAGGAGUGGGAGCAUUUGGAUCCCUCUCAGAGGCACCUGUACAGAGAAGUGAUGUUGGAGAACUAUGGGAAUCUCAUCUCCUUGGGACAUCUGCUGUCCAAACCAGAAAUGAUUUCCCAUUUUGAACAAGGAGAUGAUGUGUGGAUGGAGGAAACAAUACCAAGAAGCUCCUAUUUAGGAGACAAGCCCUACCGAUGCAUGGAGUGUUCCGGAGUCUUCAACUCAGAAUCUGCUCUGAGAAGGCACAGAAAGAACCACAUGGGAAAGAAACCUCACACAUGUGAGGAAUGUGGGAAGGACUUCAGCCGUAGCUCCAACCUGUCCAUCCAUCGGCGAAUACACACAGGUGAGAAGCCCUACAGAUGUGGUGUGUGUGGGAAGGACUUCAGCCGCAGCUCCAACCUCUCUAUCCACCAGCGCAUCCACACAGGUCUGAAUUUUGAACAUAUCUUGCUAGAGGUUGAAGAGAGCUGGGACAGGACCUCCCAGCAGCAAGGAGCCCUGAAGGCCAGAGUAAAAAGGGGACAUGGGUUCAAUCCCUGGUCUGGGAAGAUCCCACAUACCAUGGAGCAACUAAGCCCCUGUGCCACAACUACUGAGCCCGUGCUUGGCAACAAGAGAAGCCACUGCAAUGAGAAGCCCGUGCACCGCGAUGAAGAGUAGCCCCCACUCGCCGCAACUAGAGAAAGCCCACGUGCAGCAACAAAGACCCAA